AUGUCGGCCGCCAUGAACCGGGCAGCGAGGGUUCGUCGUCGGCACCAACUGUAUCUCGCAUUGUCCCUGUCACGACAGAGAGUGUACCGGGACCGAGAGAACCCGCUGGAGUACCUGGAGGACGAGUUGGCUGGAUUUCCUAGGGUCGUGGGAGCUGUAGACGGCACGCACGUCCGCAUCCAGGCACCGUCGGAACACGAGGGAUCCUACGUCAACCGCAAGAACUACCAUUCGAUCAAUGUUCAACUGAUCGUAGCGACUGACUGUAGGAUCUUGGAUGUGGUCGCCAACUGGCCAGGAAGCACCCAUGACUCCCGGAUUCUGCGCGACAGCAACAUAGGCAGGGAGUUUGAACGUGGGGUCCACACUGGACUUCUUCUGGGGGACAGUGGUUACCCAUGCAAACGCUGGCUCAUGACUCCGUUCCUCCAGCCACGAGACAGGCCGCAAGCGAAUUACAACACUUCGCAUUCGACAACGCGGGCUGUCGUUGAACGGACGAUUGGCCAGCUGAAGCGGCGGUUUCACUGCCUUCACUCUGAACUGCGUGUUGCAACCCGGCACUGCUGCCCCAUCAUCACGGCGUGCUGCGUGUUGCAUAACAUCGCCAAGCAGUUCGGCAGCGAAGUGAGGGAGUCCCCCAGAGAUUCCGACGACGACGACCCUGUAAUGGUGCCUCGUUACGAGGGGCAGCAAGAUGGCUUCCUUUACAGGAAUGCAAUCGUGCGGCAGCACUUUACAUGA